AUGAAUCUCGCAUUCUCGAAGACACGCACUGACGACAUCACGCACGUACGCACGCCCUGGCUGCUAGGAACGCUAUUCUCUUUACCUGGCCCUGAUGCGCGCCAGCCAACCAGGCCAAGGCCAGGGGACCUCGAGACCGGCAGCCUCGACGAAGAACCGGAAGGAGGAAGAGGAACGGGAAGGAGGAAGAUCUCCCGCAUUGACUUCAUAACCAAGUUCUGGGUCCCUGCCUCUGGAGUGCCUGAUGAGACAAAACGGCUCCUCGUCCUGCAUCCCCGCUGCUACUUCCAGAAUUCAGGCCUCGUGGUCUGGAGCCUGCACUGUUCCAUGAGCCCCCUGACCAACCUGGAGGCCUCUGUCUUUCUUCCCUCAGUGAGAUGCGCCUACUUCUCCCUGGAGAAGCUCGAGGAAGCAGAAAUGCUGGAGAUGAGACCCAGCACACCCUGCCUGCAUGGCGCUGUGCUGCACCUUCACUCUGGUCACGGGUCUGGCAGUCGGCUCACCAAUUCCUCCCGCUUCCCUGGGACUCGCCGGCUUUUAGCACUGCAAUUCACUCAGCAAACUGGGACUGUUGGUCACCCUACCUGGCAGCCAGUGAUAAGGGCUGGUGUCGUUGGCAUGACAGACCUGCCUUGGCUGAGCGUUCACCCGUCUUUGGAGUUCAGCCACCUUAGCAAGUCCUGGGUUUGUUCUUCAGACUUUGCUGCUCGCCCAUUGCCUGGAUCGGGGGCUACUUUGUAAACCACCAGGAAGACUCCAGUGUUUCUGCUUAAUUUUUAGAUGUUUGUUAAUUGCUCUUGGUCUCUCAUUAAUCCCCUGUGGGUCAUCCAGGAAACAUACUCACCACUGUCUGUUCUCUGAGUUUUCAUUUCCAGGCAUCCGCCCUGCCUGGAUCUCCUCACCUGCCAGGAACUUCCUCUCCACAAGCCGGCCAUCCCAGCAAAAGUUCUAACACCAAAGGUCUGGCAACUAGCCUGCCAUCUUGUGCCUGGAGCCGCCUGCGUGCCACCUACUCCCGAAGAUGGGAACCUUGUUGCCAGUUGGGCAGAUGCGGGGCAAUCCUGUACCAAGACCCCAUUUUACCACCUGCUUUCUCAGACCACUCUGGAACCCACUGUCUCAGAUUGUGUCCUCCAGGAAGCAGACCAUGAGAGGGAGUUGGCAGGGCCAAAGAUUUACUGGGGCUAACUAACACUCAGGAAAGGGAUAGGAAGGAAACAGGGCUGGAGAGCAGGUUGAGCCCGACCUGACAGUCUCGAGCAGCCCAACAGGGAGGUGUGGAGCAAGGGUUGCCCACUAGAGGGGCCUGCAUUGGGUACGGGUGAUGGGGUCCACAUGGUACCUGGCAUAUAGCAGGCUGUGCAAUCCAUAUUAACUGACUGGAUAAAUUAAUGCCCAGAAAAGGUGCCCUGGAGAAUGGGUGUGUGCUGAACACAAUAGGGAAGGGCCCAGCAUCUGCCUUGGCAUAGGCAGAACUGUGCUGUGCCCUGCAACAGGCCACCUGAGAGCUGCUUUGAUCUUGUGUGUGCAUUAGACGACUGCCAGGGGCAUGAAGGGGAUGUGCUUCCAGGGCAUUUGCUGGCAGGGCGUCUGGUGAUUUCUUGGUAUUGGUGUGAGCAUAGCCUGGCAGGAGAGGGCAGAUCUCCGUGCAAAGUAUGUCAGAAAGCAGAUGGAAGCCAGGCCCCCUCCUGAAAGAGGCUCCUUGAAGGUAGGUGCACACUCAUGUCUUUGUUACUUGUAAGGGGGCAUCUUACAGGCAAGAGGAGUUAGGUGAAUGUGAAGAGGAAGGAACUGCUCACUCUGGGCAGGGGGCUGGGGGAGGCUUCGUAGAGGAGGGGGUGUUUGAGCUGGGCCUUGAAGGUCAAAAGGGUUUUGUUAGGUGGGAAAUGGGGGAAGGACAGUCUGAAACGGUUAGGUACAUUCGAGGAGCCCAGAGAAGGUUCGUGGCUGGAGCAGACGCAUUCGUAGAGUGAAGUCAUGGGAGAAGAGGCUGGGAAACUAGAUUGGGUCCAACUCCUAAAGGACCACUGAAGGAGUGUGGGCUGCACGCUGGGUGCAGCAGGUGAGCUUCCUCACUUGGGUUUCACUGUCAGCAUUUUUAAAAGGCAAACUGGUUCUCUUCCUGAGAAGAAUUCAUUGAUUCACUCGUGGCCAGUAAGUCAUCUGACAAACCCUUGUGUACUUCUGAUGGGAUAGGAGUGUUUGUAGACAACAGGCACACAAAUAUAACAUGCAGCCCAGUGCAGCUCAGGAGCAGCCUUCCAUGGAUAAGCGGUUGGUACCUACAGUGUGCUCCUGUCCUUGCUAAUCUGAACACAUAGGUAGUAACCUUAAGCAUGUCUCAAUCUUCUGACUUGUGAUGAGGUUUCCAAUUCUUGUUCCUGACUUUAGAAUGAAGUUUGGAGAGUUGUCAUUAGGUCUCUAGGUUCUGAGGAUUACUGUGGGGUGGGCAGAGGGAGAGAAGAGUGUUGGGGCCAGAUGUUCCUGUGCUUCUACCAGAAAGUUGAUUUGCCCAGUGUACCACCCUCACUUGGCAGGCCUGAGCAGAGUGGCCUGCCACUGACAACCCAGAGAAAGAAGGUACAGUGCAGGCUUGCCCUGGUGGGCUCUUGGAUGCCCUAAGCUGCAGCAUCCAGGGCCAGGUGGGAUUUGGUAGGAUAGGCCCCCCGUCUACUGUGUCUGAUCAUACUGCCUUUGAAAGAGGAGGGUGGGUGAUGAAGACAAGACGAUGAGACAGGGUGGCCUCUGCAUGUUGUAGCACCCAACUGGGACAUUUGCAGAUGAUACUUGGAAAAAGCUUUAGGAAAGAGGCCCACUUCAUUUAUGAAAUGACACCAGCUAAUGUUUGACCUUAGUCAUAUGUUCCUUGGUUCCUCAUUUUGCCAUCUGCUGGCUGACUCAUACAACUUCACUUUUAAUUAAAGGUGGGCUGUGAUGAGAGUCAUGAUCAGUGAGUGGCUUCCAUGGCAGAAAGUUCUGUGUAGUUCUUGGGGGAUGUGAGUAUAAUUCUAACAUCUUUGUCAUCAGUGUUGACAUCUCUUGAUUGUAUCCUGUCAUUCCAUUUGAGAUCUUCCUGGUUCUGGCUGGCAUCCUCUGACAUCACUCCAGCAGAAGAAAGGGAAGGAACACGCUGCAUUACUGCGUGAUUCAGUGUGGCGGGAAUCUAAAAGGUCGAGGAUCGAGAAGCCUGCAGGAUGGCAAAGUGAGGGACCCCGGCAGUGCGACCUCAGGAAUCCACUCCCGGAACUCUGACUGGGGUGCCUGUGGAGGCUCUGAAGGUACAGCAGCCAGGCGCUCUGUGGCAUUCUGAAUACUGGCACGCAGCCUUCGGCCUCUGCCAGCUUUUGUGAGCUGCCCUGCACCAGGCAGAGGGGGCCCCCAGGCCUGGCACAGGGUCUGACACAUGGCAAAUGCUACAGAAAUAGCUGUGGACCGCCUGACUGCAAGAUCGUAUUGAACAUCUGGUGCCAGGCCUCAGCCUGUGCUGCUGCAGCCAGGAGCAAAUACGGGGAAGUCUGGCUAAGGAGAACGCAUGCCUGUGUGGGCCCCAAGAAUCCAUCUUGAGAUCAGGAGGAACAAGAGCCCAGUGACCUUGACAGCCAGCUCAGGCAGCCUGUUAAAUCCCAUGCCCAGGUUUCUAGCUUCUGCCCCAGAGGCCCAAGAUGAGGAUGUGGCAGCACAGGUAGGCCAAGGGAAGGAUGAACUCAAAGAGAGGUGGCCAGACCACCUGAGACACCUGUUGAAGUGCGCUUUCCCAUUUCCAGACCUGGGAGCUCCUGAGACCAGGUGCAGAAACCAGAUUACACUCAUCUUUCUGACCUAAUUCACAGAGUGGAUAGCAGCCCCCACCUAAGCACAGCCCCCUCACUGGGCAAUAAGUCAGCAACAGCAAUGCUGGCCACACGGGAGGCCCUCAGGUGUCCUCACCCCACCUCUAGGUUUACUGACAGGUACCCUGCAGGGGAGAGGGUGGGGCCCUGAGCUGGACUCCACCCAACACUGCCACCUCCCCAGCCUGUGUCCUCCCUACCACCCGAGGAGCUGAAGGACCCAACAGCACACCCUCAGUGGUUUCUGAAAGGAAGCAAAGCUCUUUCUACCCUUUUUCACUUUGGGUGAAAACGUGGCUGGGUUGACAAGUCAGUUUUUUAGAAAGGAAGCACUGACUAGCGAGGGACUCGCCCAGCCAGAAGAGGGCUCUGCAAAGACAGCCCCGUCCCCAGGAUGGGAAUGCUGGAUUCAGACACCACAAACCAAGAGAACCCAGACUCUGGACAUGGAGCAGUACCAGGGUGAAAGACUUUUCCCACUGACAUGGUCACAUAGCCAUUCUCCUUGAAGUACUGGGGGAUGGUGGAGAAGUUUCCAGCGUGCACCCUCCAGUAGGAGUUGAAGUCGUAGGUGUCAGGUCUCCUGCCAGUGAGGAAAGACGCGGCUCGGGGCGCACACUGCUUGCUGUUAGGGAGCAGAAGCAGAGGUAAGCAUCGCCACAGCAAAACAUGUCUGCCAUCUCUUAGGUAACCAAGCAACCGCCCUCCCGAGGCCCCUAGCAAACAGCUUGGUAGCUGAGUCAUGCAGAGCUCAAACCAGACACUGGGAUUUGGGUGUCACCUAGGCAACAGACGCUUCCGGGAGAGAAAAGGGAAGCAAUCAGCCCCUGAAACCAGCAGAUGCUUAUCUCCUCCUACGCAAUGGCAAACAGCUUGGUAGCUGAGUCAUGCAGAGCUCAAACCAGACACUGGGAUUUGGGUGUCACCUAGGCAACAGACGCUUCCGGGAGAGAAAAGGGAAGCAAUCAGCCCCUGAAACCAGCAGAUGCUUAUCUCCUCCUACGCAAUGGCCUCCCCAGGCACACAGAGCGGCCAGUGUUGCUGGGGGCAGAGCCAUGAGGGGGUUCAGGGAGCAGAGCCACCCUGGCUAGCUCUCACCUGAGGCCCAGUCUGCAGACCUGUGGGUGCCCUUCUGCAGCACCCCUUCCUUCUGAGCACCAGGCAAGCGCCCGUUCUGGGAGAAAGCUGGCCAGGGCUGCCAUGAACACAUCAGGGCCAGGGCGCACCUUGCACCCAAGGAGAAGGCCACCCUUGAAGGUCAAGCUUUCCCAUGAGUGGAAAACCAGAUUUUCUCCACUACCAUUUUCCAGACUAUGCUUCCCUCUAACAAGAUGUCCCGCACAAUCUGUACCAUCUGACAAUAGCUGAAGCUCCCCGCCCCCAACCCUCAGUGCACGAAGCAGCACACACCCACAGCUAGAGGUUCCCAGACAUACCUGCGCAAAGGCAUUCUGGAAGAGGAGGCUGUGGGAUGCCAGUUGGUCAAUGUUUGGGGCCUUCACUAGUUCAUCCCUGCAACUUGAAAGGAUAAGACAUGUGCUCUAGAAAAUAACACCUGUAGCCAGCCACAGUGGCUCAUGCCUGUAAUCCCAGCACUUUGGGAGGCUGAGGCAGGUGAAUCACUUGAGAUCAGGAGUUCGAGGCCAGCCUGAUCAACAUGGAGAAACCCCAUCUCUACUAAAAAUACAAAAUUAGCUGGGUGUGGUGGUGCAUGCUUGUAGUCCCAGCUACUCAAGAGGCUGAGGCAGGAGAACCGCUUGAACCCGGGAGGUGGAGGUUGUGGUGAGCUGAGACUGCGCCAUUGCACUCCAGCCUGGGCAACAAGAGUGAAACUCCAUUUCAAAAAAAAGAAAAAAAAAAGAAACCACCUGUAAUAGAGUGAGGGAAGUAGAAUUGGGAGGAAAGUGGAGUUGUUUUAUGACAGUUGAAUCGACGUCUCAGUCAGUCCCUGAGGGAGCUCUAUGGUUGGGAAGAUUCUAUAGAGAUGUUGCAAGUAGAGGCUGGAGUCCAGGUGUUGGUACUCUCCACCCUUCAUUGACCCCUUGACUGAUAUUUGGAGGGAGACUUAGUUAUGUGCCAUCAUCAAGCAACACCUUUGGCAGGCAGUGGAAUGAUUACCUCCGCCAUUAGGCUGGGCUGUGGAACGACCACAGCAUCGACUACAGCCCAUGCCUUGCAGGCCUCAGAUGGGCUUGCUUCACACAGGAUGCUCCCCUCAUUUGGGAAUAACUUCUCCAGGGUUUGGCUUGGCCCUUUUCCUAGGGAGGUGAACAUGAGGCAGGGUAGUGGGACGGUGUAUGGCCUGCAUGACUGCAGCUGGCUUUGAAGCCACAACUGAUGCUCAUGGUCUUCUUCAUCUACUAUCCAUUCUAGAGUACCCUCAGUCUCAGCCACCAUGUCUGCCGUUCUCAGUGACCUGGCUAGUCGAUUAACAGACCUUUAUCCCUGAGGAUUGGUUCUGAGCCCAUGGUCCCCGUGCCCUUCUCAGACUGUGGAAAUUGCAUGUGUCCAUUUACCAUAAAAAUUGGGCAGGGAAUUAUUAGGAGACAUUCAAAUGGAUCACCUGGGUGCCAAAUAUAUACUUCUCUGUUCACAGUGUGUAAGAACAACCCUGCCUCCUCCUGAUGAUCAGAGCCAAUACCCCUGACAGAGUGGCUACUCUUCUUUACACCUGCUUAGUCCCACAGCCAUAGCAGGAGGAAUGAACCCAAGGUUCCCAUGACUUGUAAUUCAGUUAUCAGCCAUGGCUCGUAAUUCAGUGGGACUCCUACUGUGUCUACUGGUGGAAGCAUUUCCAUUUGAAUAGCCAGGAUCCACUGUUCAAUAAGGUAGCCACUAGCUGCAUGUGCCUACUGAGUACUUGAAAUGUACCUGGUGUGUCUGAAGAACUGAAUUUUAAUUAUCUAAAAUUCAGAUAAAAUAACAACUAAUUUUAUCUUAAUUUAAAUUUAAAUAGAUGAAUUUGGCUAGUGGUGACUGUAUUGUGGGGACAGGAAGCACAAAUUCCCAUGUGGAUCACUAGGAGAGAUAAUAAGUGGGGUCAUUUCACCCCUUGGUCCCCUGCUUCCAGACCCAAAGAGGCCUACAUGGCAUUGUGCUUCCUUCUUAGUUGUAGGAGGUGUGAGAUACAAUCAUUUGCCUCUGACUUUGGAGGGGUGGUCCUAGCAUGCCCCUGACCAGUAGCCCCUUAAAUACUUCAUUGAUAUGGAAGGUCUCUGAAUUUUCGUGGGCUUAAUCUACCACUGUCUGAAGUGCUUAUGUCUUUCAAAGGCCUCUAAAAUCUCUGCCAUGUCUUGCUCAUCCAGUUGUUAGCAUGAUGUCUUUGAUACAGUGGACUUUAGAACCUAAGUGGGGAGACACUGGUAAGUGACCAAUUACUUCACCUGUGGUGUGCAAGCCAGAUCAGGAAGCUUCUACCAUUGCUUUCCUGUGCUGGGAAAGCUAUUUUUAGUGUGUAGACUUCAUGCCAGAUUUGCCCAGAUCAGGGGCGGGAUGCCCAGAGCUCCUGGUUAUUGGAAGUGCUCUACCUUGAGUACAGAAAUCCACACCAACUCACUCCCUUCUCCAAGGGGACCCUCACCCUGAGGAAUUUAACUGGGCCUUGCUAACAUGCUGGGAGAAUGUCCCUGAGAAAAAGAGCAGUGAAGGCGCACAUGAAUUUCCUGUUGCAUACCCACAGUGGGCCAGAAACAAGACCAUUGGAUUUUUACCUCGUACUUUUGAUGUUUGGCAGCCAUUGAUUCUAGUUCGGGGGUGAAAGAUAGAGAUGACACAUGUAUUGGAACCUUUCUUGGGGACUGCUAGUCUUAGGGACAAACUGCCAAAAUCAAGCUAGGCAAUGGUGGCCACAGCUAUGGGAUGGAGAGUGAGGAAUAGGACAUAUAAGCUGACAGCUGGAGGCCCAGACACUGCCCAUGUUAGUGUGGUUGGGGACAAAAUAAGGAACCAGAGUGGGUGGAACAGGAGCAGUUCAGGGACUCUGCAGAAAUAACCUAUGGCUCCUCAGAGAGCUUACAAGGGAAGCUUCCCUUGAGCACCUAGAUGUCAAAGAGAUUGGCAGAGGCAGGAAGGACAUGUUCCCAAGCAAAAAGUAACAGCAGCUAACUUUGAUUUCAUGGAAGGUGCGAGUCCAGCUGUGAGUCAGAAUAGGGAGACAGGCAGUGAACAGAGGACAGAAUGAUGACCUGCAGUGCUGAGAAACAGGCCUACCCAUGACUUUGUCCUCAGUCCCUGACCCAGGGGAACACCAAGGAUGCCAUGGGGUGCAGGGAGGGCCAGAAGAGCUAAGUACCCAAUUUCUACAUAAGGGCCCCUGCUCCAGGACAGGGCCGGGAGAAGACAUAUAGAUGAUACCUACCCCCAGUCCUCCAACAAACACAUCUGCCUCAAAACUGACAUAUUCUCAGGUGGUGGAAGCAUCCAGGAAAGAUAACACAUAGCUCCAUGUGCAGCUGUGGUGCCUGUGGGGCACUGGGGGUUAUACCACCGAACAGAGCUUGGACAGUGUCCCCAGCUCCUAUUCUUUUUGAAACUGUGUUAAAAUAUAUAUCUUAUAAAAGUAACCAUCUUAACCAUUUUUAAGUGUCCAGUUCGGUGGCAUUCAGUACCUUCACAUAAUUGUACAAUCAUUGCCCCACUAGCCCCUAUUCUUUUUAAAAACAUUCAACUUAUAUAAAUAUUUUAGAUUUAGAGGGUACAUGUGUGGGUUUGUUAUAAGGAUGUAUUGCAUGAUGCUGAGGUUUGGGGUUCGAUUGAACCUGUCACCCAGGUAGUGAGCAUAGUACCUAAUAGGUAGUUUUUUAACCCACAUCCUUCCUCCCUCUCGUCUCUUGCGGUUCCCAGUGUCUGUUGUUCCCGUCUUUAUGUCCAUGUGUACCCAAUGUUUAGCUCCCACUUACAAGCAAGAACAUGUGGUAUCUGAUCCUGCGUUAAUUUGCUUAGGAUAACGGCCUCCAGCUCCAUCCGUGUUGCUGCAAAGGACAUGAUAUCAUCUUUUUAUGGCUGUGAAGUACUGGUGAUACAGAUGCACCACAUUUUCUUUAUCCAGUCCACCGGUGAUGGAAGCUUAGGUUGAUUUCAUCUCUUUACUAUUGUGAAUAGUGCUACAAUGAACACACCAGUCCAUGUGUCUUUUUGGUAGAACAAUUUAUUUUCUUUUGGAUAUAUAUCCAGCAAUGAGAUUGCUGAGUUAAAUGGUAGUUCUGUUUUAAGUUCUUUGAGAAAUCUCCAAACUGCUUUUCACAGUGGCUGCACUAAUUUACACUCCCACCAACAGUAUAUAAGUGUUUUCUUUUCUCCACAGCCUCACCAGCAUCUGCUGUUUUUUGACUUUUUAAUAAUAGCCAUUCUAACUGGUGUGAGGUGGUAUCUCAUUGUGGUUUUGAUCUGCAUUUCUCAGAUGUGAUGUUGAGCAUUUUAUCAUGUUUGUUGGCGCUUGUAUGUCGUCUUUUGAGAACCGUCUGUUCGUGUCCUUUGCCUGGUUUUUAAUGGGGUUGUUUUUAGCUUGUUGAUUUUAGUUCCUUGUAGAUUCUGGAUAUUAGACAUUUUUGGAUGCAUACUUUGUAAGUAUUUUCUCUUGUUCUGUAGGUUGUCUGCUUACUCUGUUGACAGUUUCUUUUGCUGUGCAGAAACUCUUUAGUUUAACUAGGUCCCACUUGCCAAUUUUUGUUUGUGUUGCAAUUGCUUUUGAGGACUUAGUCAUGAAUUCUCUGCCAAUGCUGAUGUCCAGAAUUUUCUUCUAGGAUUUUUGUAGUUUUAGGUCUUACAUUUAAAUCUUUAAUCCAUCUUCAGUUAAUUUUUGUAUAAGGUGAUAGGUAAGGGUCCAGUUUCAUUCUUCUGCAUAUGGUUAGCCAGUUUUCCCAGAACCAUUUAUUGAGUAGUAAUUCCUUUCGUUAUUGCUUAUUUUUGUUGACUUUGUCGAAGACUUUGUUGUAGGUGUGCUUCAUUAUUCCUGGGCUCUCUAUUCUUUUCUAUUGGUGUGUGUGUCUGUUUUUGUACUCGUACUAUGCUGUUUUGGUUACUGUAGGCUUGUAGUAUCGCGUGAAGUUGGAUAAUGUGUUGCUUCUGGCUUUAUUCUUUUUGCUUAGGAUUCUUUUGGCUAUUUGGACUUUUUUUUUUCUUUUGGUUCCAUACAAAUUUUAGGCUAGUUUUAUCUAAUUCUGUGAAAAAUGACAUUGGUAUUUUGAUAGGAAUAAUUUUGAAUCUGUAGAAUGUGGAUAUACGCAUAUUUUAAUAACACUGAUUCUUCCAAUCUAUGAGCUCAUUUGUUUAAGUCAUCUAUAGUUUCUUUCAGCACUGUUUUGGAGUUCUCCUUGGAGAGAUCUCUCACCUCCUUGGUUAGAUGUGUUCCUAGGUAUUUUAAUUUUUUGCAGCUAUUAUAAAUGGGAUUGUGUUCGUGAUUUGGCUCCCAGCUCGAACAUUUUUGGUGUAUAAAAAUGCUACUGAUUUUUGUACAUUGAUUUUGUAUGCUGAAACUUUACUGAAAUCAUUUUCAGUUCUAGGUGACUUUUGGCUGAGUCUUUAAGGUUUUCUAGGCAUAGAAUCAUCUCAUCAACAAAGAGAGACAAUUUGACUUCUUCUUUUCCUCUUUUUUUUUUUUUGAGAUGGAGUCUCGCUCUCUCGCCCAGGCUAGAGUGCAGUGGUGCGAUCUUGGCUCACUGCAACCUCUGCCUCCCAGGUUCAAGCAAUUCUCCUGCCUCAGCCUCCAGAGUAGCUGGGAUUACAGGUGCCCGCCACCAUGCCCAGCUGAUUUUUUGUAUUUUUAGUAGAGAUGGGAUUUCGCCAUGUUGGCUGGGGUGAUCACAAACUCCUGAUCUCAGGUGAUCCGCCCGCCUCGGCCUCCCAAAGUGCUGGGAUUACAGGCAUGAGUCACCGCGCCCGGCCCUUCCAGCCCUUCUUUUCCUAAUUAGAUGCCUUUUAUUUCUUUAUCUUGCCUGAUUGCUGGCUAGGACUACCAGUACUAUGUUGAAUAGGAGUGGUGAGAGUGGGCGUCCUUGUCUUGUUCCAGUUCUUAAGGGGAAUGCUUUCAGCUUUUGCCCAUCAUGAAGACAUGUUAGAUUUUUAUCAAAAGUUUUUUCUGCAUCUGGUGAGAUGAUAAUGAUUUUUGCUUUUACUUCUGUUUAUGUGGUGAAUCACAGUUAUUGAUUCAUGUAUGUGGAACCAAUCUUGCAUCCCAGGAAUAAAGCCUACUUGAUUAUGCACAAUUAACUUUUCGAUGUGCUGCUGAAUUCAGUUUCCUAGUAUUUUUUUUUUUUUUGAGGAUAUUUGUGUCUAUGUUCAUCAGGGAUAUUGGCUUGUAGUUUUCUUUUUCUUUUCUUUUCUUUUUUUUUGAGACAGAGUCUUACUCUGUCGCCCAGGCUGGAGUGCAGUGGCGCAAGGUGCAAUCUUGGCUCACUGCAACCUCUGCAUCCUGGUUUCAGGUGAUUAUCAUGCCUCAGCCUCCCAAGUAGCUGGGAUUACAGGCAUGAGCCAUUGUGCCAGGCCUUCUUUUUUUUUCUUGUCAUGACUUUGCCAGAUUUUGGUAUCAGGAUGAUGCUGGUUUUGUAGAAUGAGUUAAAGAGGAGUCUCUCUCAGUUUUUUGGAAUAGUUUUAGUAGGAUGAAUACCAGCUCUGUUUUAUGGAUGUCUGGUAGAAUUUGGCUGUGAAUCCAUUUGGUCCAGGACUUUUUUUGUUGGUAGGUGUUUUUCUUUUUUGUCUGUUUGGUUUGUUUGUUUUGUGACAGGGUCUCGCUUUGUCACGCAGGCUGGAGUACAGUGGUGCAAAUUCAGCUUACUGCAACCUCUGACCCACAGGCUCAAGCCAUCCUCCCACUUCAGCCUCCUUAGUAGCUGGGACUACAGGUGUACACCACAACGCCUGGCUAUUUUUUUUUUUUUUUGUCUUUUUAGUAGAGACAGGGUCUCACUAUGUUGCCCAGGCUGGUCAUGAACUCCGGAGCUCAAGUUAUCUGCCCGCCUCGGCCUCCCAAAGUGCUAAGAUUACAGGCGUGAGUCAUUGUGCCCAGUCUUGUUGGCAGGUUUUUUUGCAUUACUAAUUCAAUUUUAGAACUUGUUAUGGUCUGUGUAGGCUUUUAAUUUCUUCCUGAUUUAAUCUUGUGGGGUUGUGUUUUCCUAGGAAUUUAUCCAUUUCCUCUGUUCCUAGGAAUUUAUCCAUUUCCUCUGUUUCUAGGAAUGUAUCCAUUUCCUCUAGAUUUCCUAGUUUGUGUUCAUCGAGGUGUUCUUAAUAAUCUCUGAACAGCUGGGCACGGUGGCUCAUGCCUGUAAUCCCAGCACUUUGCAACACUGAGGCAGGUGGAUUGCUUGAGUUUGAGACCAGCCUGGGCAACAUAGUGAGACCCUGUCUCUAUUGAAAAAAAAAAAAAAAGAAUAGUCUCUGAGGAUCUUUUGUAUUUCUGUGGGUUACAAUGUCACCUUUGCUAUGUCUGAUUAUACUUAUUUGAAUCUUUUCUUUUUUUUGUUUGUUAAUCUAGCUGGCAGACUAUUAAUCUUGUUUAUCUUUUCAAAUAAUAAACUUUUUGUUUCAUUGAUUCUUUGUCUGGAUUUUGAGCCUCAAUUACAUUUAGUUCUGUUCUGAUUUUAGUUAUUUCUUUCCUUCUAGCUUUGGGGUUAAUUUGUUCUCGUUUUUCUAGUUCAUCUAGCUGCAAUAUUAGAUUGUUAAUUUGAGAUCUUUCUAUUUUCUUGAUGUAAGCAUUUAGUGCUAUAAACGUUCCUCUUAACACUGCUUUUGCUGCAUCCCAGAGAUUUUGGUAUAUUGUAUCUCUGUUUUCAUUUAUUUAAAGUAAUUUUUUUGAUUUCUGCUUUAAUUUUGUUUUUUACACAAAAGUCAUUCAGGAGCAAGUUUGGUUUCCAGGUAAUUGUGUGGUUUUGAGAGUUUCUCUUGGUGUUGAUUUCUAUUUUUGUUUCACUGUGGUCCAAGAACCUGCUUCAUAUGAUUUCAGUUUUUUUGAAUGUAUUGGGACUUGCUUUAUGGCUGAUCACGUGAUCAAUCUUAGAGUAUGUACAGAUGAAAAAAAUAGAUAUUCUAUGGUUGUUGGAUAGAGUAUUCUGUAGAUGUCUAUUAGAUCCAAUUGUUUGUGUCAAAUUUAAGUCCAGAAUUUCUUUGUUAGUUUUCUGCCUCAAUGAUCUGUGCAAUGCUGUCAGUGAGGUGUUGAACUCCUCCACUAUUAUUGUGUAGCUGUGUAAAUCUUUCUGUAGGUCCAGAAGUACUUGUUUUACGAAUCUGUGUGCUCUAUGUUGGGUUCAUAUAUAUUUAGGAUAGUUAAGUCUUCUUGAAUUGAACCAUUUAUCAUUAUAUAACGCCCUUCUUUGUCCUUCUUUACUGUUGUUGGUUUAAAGUCUGUUUUAUCUAAUAUUAGAAUAACAACCCCGGCUGUUUUUUUGUUUUCUGUUUGUGUGAUAGAUCUUUCUUCAUCCCUUUACUUUGAGCCUAUGUAGCCCCUAUUUUUUAGGAUAAAACACCUAAGAUAGAAGAGGCUAUCUUUUUCUGGAGGUUACAAAGCUGUACUUGUGGGAGGACUGUUGGAGGGUCACACAUGAAGACUUGAUCUGGUUGUUUUACUGUGUAUUCUCCCCCAACAUGUUGCUCUUACUUUUAUCCUGAAUAUCAUGCCUCCAGCCCCCACUAUGACAAAAACAAAGAUUGAAGGAAACUGCUGACCUAACACCAAAAGUCUCUGAUGCCUGCUCUUGAAACUGCUCCUGCAAGAGACUAGAUAAGCCCGGACCUCGGGGAAGCAGGGAGAGGUGGGAGAGAAGUGACUUGGCCAGGAGAAAGAAAAGGGUCUAAAGGUUAAGGAAUUUUUGGAAUGGGAAGGAGAACUAGAGCUUGACAUGGCAUGUAUUAGGGGCCAAGUGGGAUAGACUCCAAGGACAAGCUUCGACACUUCUGCCUGUCCCUAGCUGUCUCCUGCCCUGUGGGCACCUGCUGUUUGGACACUUACAAGCCCACUUAAGAAAAUGGUGGAGGACUCAGAUAUCACCCCCUGUUUGACGGAUACAUGGGUAAAACAGAAUCGGCAGAGUACUUUACCUAUGAGGGGGGAAGAGGGGUCCAAGUGUCACUGUUACACUUCCCUGUUCUUGGCUUCCUCCCACCACUUCCCACUUUAGAACCCACAGGGCCAAUUCUUGUAGUCAAAUGAUUAUUUGUUUCCAUAUCUUUCUGCAAAGGGUAAGGCCAGAACUUGGUUAAAGGAUAUAUUUGCUUCAUGCUGUGCCUCGCCAAACAUCUCUCUUUUAUCACCACAGCCUUUAUGUGGCUGCAAGAAGAAUUUGGCUCCUGUGUCUGAGCCUGUCCUGGGAGUUGGGAGACAUGGGCUCUCAGCACAGCUCUGCUGUGGAAACUGCCUGGGAGAUGUAGGCUCCCAAUUUGUUGGGAGUGUGUGUGAGUAUAGGUGUGUGUGUGUGAGUCUGUGUGGAGGUAGAGGAGGGAUGGUCCCUGGGACUGAGUUUCUAGGCUUCUCUAAGUCUUUGUCAGGUUCUUUAGCAACUUGCCUCCUGCCAUCUCCAUGAAAGGAAGUGGUCACUCUGACAGAUGAGAUAAAAUCAUCCUCAUGAUGGAAAGAGAGUAAAUGGAAGAGGGGCUCUGCUUUGAUGGAGGUGCCUGCUUUUAUGCUACCCCAUGACCCAAACCUGGCACCAUCAGUUCAAGUCCACUGAGGGAUUGCUGGCAAGGGAGCUUUAGAGAUUUUGGUAAACUAUGAGAUUUCGUCCUAUAAAGGAAAGUUUGUGUGUGUGUAUGUGUGUGUGUGUAUGUGUGUGUGUGUGUAUGUGUGUGUGUGUGUGUGAGAGAGAGAGAGAGAGAGAAAGCUACCCAGAUAAAGAUAGUCAGGCUCCUGUCCUCCACAGGGGAAGUAGGGCAGGAAGCACAGACUUUGUAGUUAUAAACCUGGAAUUGACCCCUGGCUCCAUCACUCAAUGGAUGUGUGACUCUGAGAAAGUCACUAUACCUCUCUGAGUUAUAAUUACCUCAUCCAGAAGAUGGGUACAAUAUUAACCACCUACCUGCAGGAGUAAUGAAACUUCUCAGUCUGUCUCCUGGGAGAUGAGAUUCCUGUGGGAGCGAUCUGUAAACUAUAAAGCACAGUAUUACUAAUAGUGGUGAAGAUACAUUUCUGUUUUCCCAGGAAUGACCUUUGAAUAAGCGUGUGGGGAUGCUGGCCUGAGCCUCAAAGCCUGUAGAUGGGAAAUGGGCAGAUAGUGAAAAGCCUCCAGCUUGGAGAGAAGGAAGAAGAGCCGUGAGACCAUAGGUUUCCAGUCCUGAAGGUCCUACAGGAUAUGGCCUGUUUGGGGACUUAGAUUCCAUCCAUGGCUUAUAACCAAAUAUGUGUAGUGGCUCCGGGCCAAUAGGGAGGCAGUGAGAGUUCUGACUUGGGUAAACUGACAGGUUUGAAAAUUGAAGGCUAUUUCAGUACCAGGAAUCUGUAAGGCGGGAAGCCUCUUUUUUGAUCUGUGUGGAAAUUGAUGCCUAGGGCAAUACAGACCCAUGAUCUGUUAUUCACAAAACCCUAAUCCAUAAAGCUCUGGCAAGGCUUUUUCAUAAGCCUGCUCUAAAUUCUCUUGCUAGUAAAACCUAAAAUGGAUGAUACAAAACUGUUUAUAAAAUACUGAAUUUUCUUCAUUUAUCAUAUUUUGUAUUAAUAUUCAUACAUCUCACUGCUUAAAUGUCAGUGUGUUGGCUAGACUCUGAGAGGUGCUACUUACUGAUCUGUACACUUCAUCCCCUUUCUGGAUUCUGAAAAUUAUCUGUGCAUAUGUGAUACUAACACCAGUAAGAGCCACCAUUUGUUGAGGCCUUGCAGAGGGCUAGAGUUCCUGGAUAUGUGCUUUUUCUCCAGCCUUGACCUCAUGAGGACACCCUUCCCAGGACAGGUGAGACUGAGGCCCUGCCCCGGGUCAACCUGGAUGGCUGGAUAUUCCACCCUCUGACCAAAUUGCACCAAGUGGGUGAAAUCUCAUUUAGUUCCAUCCACGGUUUUCCUUGGAGGAAAUUGGCUGAACAUAGGGCUAAAAAAAUUGGAAGAGCCCUUGGCAAGCAUGUGUGUACACCAGUCAUUUCAGAUAACUGAAAUCUGCCCGCAAAGUCUUCUGUCGGGAAAUCCUGCACUCUGUGUGGCCUCCCAGUGCAAUCACACAGAGCCUGGGUCCACCCACAAAAUUCUGGGGUGUCACUUGCUUUAAGAGUCCAAUUUUGAAAUGUGGUCAUGACACCCAGUUGCUACUAUCAUAGCAUGUUCCUCACAGGUGCUGAGUGGGAGACACAAUUAAUUGCAGGAGAUGAAGUCACAGGAUGCUGUGCGGCAGCCUUCUCAACAUUACUCUGCUGGCAGCUCUCUUUGUCCCUAGGAAGUUUGUGGUUAAUUUUUGGCAGGAUGGAAAGAUGCCUGAAAGCAGCUUUUCAAGGGAAGUCUUGCUUUUGUUUUUGUGGUCUCCGUUUUUCUCCCUGACAGGAGUCCGAAUGCAGACCUUAUCAUGACUAGCACCUGACUUGGGUGAACAUUAAGGAGGCAAGAUGGCUAGGUGACACGACUUGGCCACAAAACUGAAAUAGUUAGCACAGGAUCUGGCUUGUAGCAAGUGCAUGGCCCAGGGUCUCUUCAUGGUGCUUAUUGUGGUCACGCGUUCUGUCGUUUCCUUCUUCACCAAAUCUGUGUAGAGCACAGGGGAUAAGUGAGGUGGCUUUUCACUAGCUGAAACUGGGUUUGAGUCCUGCCUUUGUCACUUACUAGCUGUGUGACCUUAGACAGCUUACGUCCACUUUCUCAUCACGUAACAUGAGGAUGGUAGAACCCACAUCUCAGCAUUGUAGGGCCAUAAAGUUCUUUAGACAGUGGUGCUCAGGGCUUACUCACUCAGACUUGGUAGCUAACAGUAAUAACUUAGAACUAAUCUGGAUCCUGAAUUGUAAAAUGUACUUUUCCCCCAUGUAAAAUUGGGGUUUUCUGACAGCCUAUGUUCUGGAAACUCUCUUGCCUAUCCACCCCUGCUCUCAGCCUUGUGAUCUUCCAUGUGCCCUGGUUGCCUAUGAGAGCAGAUCAUGGUUACCCUUAAAGCACAGGGCCUAGCAGCCCAGCCCAGAGCCCUGGCCCGUGGCAGUGUUGCAUAGUGAUUAAGAAGCCAGGGGCUAUGAGACCUUGGGCCAGCAAUGACCCUCUCCAAGCCUCAGUUUGUGCACUGCUACUCUGGAGAGAAAAGUAGUGCACAGUCCCUCGGGCAGCAGUGAGGAUUCAAUGAGUUGAAAAGUCUGGGAUGAAUUUGAUCCACAAAGAUGUUAUCGGAAAAGAAUACCAAAACACUCCUGGUGUUGGGGUCUUUUGUUUGACUUUGGACCCCACUGUGGACUGACAGUGGUAUGAAGAGUGCUAAUGUCACCCUGCCUCCAGCCUGCUGUUGUGAGACAGGGUCUCACGCGGUAACCCAGACUGGAGUGCAGUGGCACGAUCUCGGCUCACUGCAACCUCUGCCUCCCAGGUUCAAGUGAUUCUUCCUUCUCAGCCUCCUGAGUAGCUGGGAUUACAAGCUUGCACCACCAUGCCUGGCUAAUUUUUGUAUUUUGAGUAGAGACAGGGUUUCACCAUGUUGGCCAGGCUGGUCUCAAAAGAGAACUUAUUCUUUGAGCAGCUCGUUGUUGAUGUUGAAAACAAGUUACACUGCAUGAUGGUAGCCAUAGAUGGGGCCCUCAGGAAAAUGCUCACAAAGCCCUGGAGCCUAGCCAGAUGCAUCACCUCAGUGCAGGGUGAAAACCCCCACAUGGCACAGGCUGUGGCUUCAGAACUGAAAAUAUUUCACUGGCCCUUAUGCAUCUCUCUGAAGUUCACUAGCCAUGAUACAAGCCAUGUGGGGCUCAGGAGAGCCAGCAAUUGCUACAGCUUUGCCUCAUCUGGGCUGGAGCUGAAGCAGGCUAAGAAGGCUGGGAUCUGGAACUCCACAAGCUAGUCUCUGGCCAGGCAGGCAGAACCUGCUUCACAAAGGCCCAGUUGAUUGAAUACUUUCUGGAGGCUGGGAGUGGGUCCCUCUGCUGGCUGUUUGUGGGAUUCACAUUUCCUGAUGGGGCCCAGGGAAGUUUAGCAGUGGCUCAGGGUCACAGAGGAGCUAGGGUUGAAAUCAGGCCUGUCUGAUUCCAGAGUUCAUACUUUUUUUUUUUUUUCUUUUCUUUGAGACAGAGUUUCGCUGUUGUUGCCCAGGCUGGAGUUCAGUGGUGCAAUCUCGGUUCACUGCAACCUCUGCCUCCCGGGUUCAAGCGAUUCUCCUGCCUCAGCCUCCUAAGUAGCUGGAAUUACAGGCGCCCACCACCAUGCCACACUAAUUUUUUUGUGUUUAGUAGAGACGGAGUUUCACUAUGUUGGUCAGGCUGAUCUUGAACUCCUGACCUCAGGUGAUCCUCCUGCCUUGCCCUCCCACGCCUGCUGGGAUUACAGGUGUGAGACAUUGUGCCAACAGAGUUUAUACUCUUUAGACUGCCCUAUCAUGUGACUGCUUAGCCACCAUCAAUCAGAAAGGUGGGAACCAGGCAGCCAGCUGGGGGCAAGCUGGUGGUUUCUGCAUUGGGAUACAAAGUAAGGGUUAAGACUGGGGGCCUCGAGGCUUUGCUCCUGCCCAGGAUUUAACUGCAAUGCUUAGGCUCCAAGAUUCGAUGGAAAGAAAUCCCAGCUGUGGGCUCUGAGGACUUUGAAAACUAUGUUUCAUAUGUGAAUACACUUGCCCUUUAGCAAGAAUCCCCGCUGAUAAGCCUUCCUCCUCUGAGUGUUUUUAUUGGUCCCUUAGAAAGUGUUAGAGAAAUUUCCCAUUUUGAUAGACUUUUUAAUGAUGUUACAAAAAUAUCAUUUCACAUUGAU